AUGACAACUGAAAGUAGCUUCUCCGUGGAGGAUAGUAAAUACAAUGAAGAUGAUCUCAUAAAUCGAACAGGAACAUGCAUGACCGCAACCGCACACAUAGUUACUGCUGUCAUUGGAUCUGGAGUGUUAUCUUUGGCAUGGGCUGUUGCACAAUUGGGAUGGAUUGCAGGAUCUGCUGUUCUCGUGCUCUUCUCCAUUAUCACUUGUUUCACUUCUUGUCUACUUUGUGAUUGCUAUAGGUAUCCUGAUCCUGUCAAUGGAAUCAGAAACCACACUUACAUAGAGGCUGUAAAAAAUAUUUUAGGUGGAUAUCAGCAAAAGUUGUGUGGAUUGGCACAAUAUGCAAUUCUUGUGGGUACUACCAUUGGUUACACUCUAACAUCAUCCAUUAGCAUAGUGGCCAUAAAAAAAUCCAAUUGCUAUCAUAAGUAUGGUCGUGAAGCAGAUUGUGAUACUCCCAAUUAUCCAUAUAUGGCUAUCUUUGGGGUCCUUCAGAUUCUCCUAAGCCAAAUUCCAGACUUCCAUGAACUUUCAUGGCUCUCUAUUGUUGCUGCUGUCAUGUCUUUUGGUUAUGCUUCUAUCGGCAUCGGUCUCUCCAUAGCAAAAAUUGCAGAAGGAGGACACCGUUUGGAGACAAGCCUUACAGGACUAGUGGUAGGAGUGGAUAUCACAAGUUCAAAAAAGAUCUGGAAUACCUUUCAAGCACUUGGAAACAUAGCUUUUGCAUAUGCUUUCAGUAUGGUUAUUAUUGAGAUAGAGGACACACUAAAAUCAAAUCCACCAGAAAAUAAAACCAUGAAGAAAGCAUCACUGAUUGGAAUUUCAAUCACCACGUUCUUUUAUGCAUUAUGUGGUAUUCUAGGGUAUGCAGCAUUUGGGAAUAAAGCACCGGGAAAUUUUUUAACUGGAUUUGGAUUUUACGAACCGUUUUGGCUCGUUGAUAUUGGUAAUCUUUUCAUUAUUAUUCAUCUAGUUGGAGCGUUUCAGGUAUUUGCACAGCCUAUAUAUUCUCUUGUGGAAAGUUGGGGUAGUAAGCGUUGGCCAGAAAGUACAUUGAUGACAAAAGAAUAUAAUGUGAGAAUUCCAAUGGUUGGUAUAUGGAGAAUGAAUAUGUUCAGGUUGAUAUGGAGGACAAUGUAUGUCAUAAUCGUAACAUUAUUGGCUAUAGUAUUUCCAUUUUUCAACAGCGUUGUGGGUUUGCUCGGAGCUAUGUCGUUCUUUCCAUUGACAGUGUAUUUUCCAACAGAGAUGUACCUAAAACGAGCUAAAGUGCCACAGUAUUCUUCUCUAUGGAUAGGGAUGAAACUUUUGAGUUUGUUUUGCCUUAUUAUCACUCUUAUUGCUGCAGUUGCAUCAGUUCAAGGAAUCAUCUCAGAACUUGCGAUCUACAAGCCCUUCGAAUAG